AUGGAAGCAGUUAAGGGCACUAAGGAGACAACGGCUGUGGGCAUCGGUGCCUUUCUCGACGCCGGGGACUGCGCCAUGGUGAUCUUGGUGGCGGGAGACACGCGGCUGGUGGUGCACAGGGCAGUCCUGGCGAACAGGAGCCCCGUGUUCGCCGCAAUGUUCAGGCAUGACACGCUGGAGGCCAGCAGUGGUGAGGUGAACAUUGAGGACGUGGGGGGGCCAGUGCUGCGCGAGCUGGUCUCGUACCUGUACACGCUGCAGGCCCCCCAGCUGCCCGGCAUGGCCCAGCAGCUGCUGGCUGCAGCAGACAAGUACGGCGUGUCGAGGCUGAAGGCAGAGUGCGAGCGGCAGGUGGCCGCUGAGCUGACUGUGGAGACCGCGGCAGCUGCAGCCGUCCUCGCAGUCCGCCACUCCUGCAGUGACCUCAGGCGCGCCGCACUGGCGUUCAUUAAGACCUGUCCGUUCGAGGUGAUGGCCACUCGAGGCUGGGCAGAUGCAAUGCUCAAUCAGCCUAAAGACUUGAUUCAAGUCAGUCAAUUGCUUAAUGAUCCACCACCACAAACCAGUGCACCAGCUGCUACAUCGCUGAGGCCCGCCAUCACCACUGCUACUGCUACUGCUACUGCUGGUGCACCUUGUCAGACUCGUGCCACAGUUGUGCUGCCCACAUAUCCUCCACCUGACGAAGCCACUGUCUCUCAGAUGCGGAGCCUCUCUACAAAGGAGAGAAACUGGAAGCUGUUCGAGGCGGCUUGGCAGGGGGCAGUGGGGGAGCUGAGGGCGCUGGUCGCCGCAGGGGCCGACGUGCUGGCAAAGGACGGGCGGUGUGGGUGGGAUGGGACCGCCCUACACUGUGCAGCACAGCACGGACAUGUGGAGGCGGCGAGGUUUCUCGUGGGUGCCGGUGCGGCAGUGGAUGCCAGGGACGUCGACCAGAGGACGCCUAUGCAUUUCGCUGCAGAGAACGGCCACGCAGCUGUGGUGGAGGUGUUGCUAGCGGCCUCCGCUGACCCCAAUGCCACGGAUCUCACUGGGUGGACACCGCUGCUCUGGGCGGCAGCGAGGGACCACGCAGAUGUGGCAGCUUUGCUGCUCGCAGCAGGGGCCGAGAGAGGGACCAGAAAUGUCGAUGGGCGCACAGCCCUAGAUUUCGCCAGUGAGAACAACAAUAGGAGGCUCAUGGCGAUGCUGUCUUUGAGGCAGCCAGCCUAA